AUAAGAACUACGAUUAGCGUUCCUCUUCUCUUAGUUGCAUUUGUGAAAGAUCAGAGAGAGAGAGAGAGAGAGAGAGAGGGAGAGAGAGAGAGUGUGUGUGUGUGUGCUAAGCGACAGCUCUCUGGCAGAAAGGCUCAAAGAAGAUGGUCUAUUAAUAAAUUUAUUUUUAUCCAAAUUUGUGGAGUCGGGACCAUUUAAGCCGUCGACAUCAUGCACGGUUUUGCAACUUCUCUCUGCCCGUUUCUCGCAGGAUAAAUUUAUGAAACUCCGAUUUGUAUCUACGAGCUUGCUAACUAGCUAGCUAGCUGGCUACCUCAAUUUGGCUAGCUAGUUAGCCAACUAAGCUAAUUUGAUCCGCCUGCUUCGCAAAUCAUUUAUCUUACACAACAGUCUGUGUGGAUUUUUUCUGCAGUUCCCUUCAGCCGAUCAACCUACCGUGAAAUUUGGGGAAAAAAAUGGAAAUUGAUAAAGUUGCAAGCGACUUAAGUCCUGUCAAUAAUCAGAUGCACACAGGGCCUGGCUCAGUCCCCCGCUUUUCCAAGCCGUCUUUGCCUGAGAUUGGGGCUCAGGGCUCCCCCUGCAUCAAAAAUCUGUUCUUCCCUGGACCUACUGGGGUACUGUCUCCAGUGACCAACUUGACACUAAACAUGGAUAAUCUUGCCGUUCUUGGAGGAAGUUGCGAAACUCCCAAACGGAAGAAAGAUGUGCCCUUUCUGAAGAUUCCUUCCUUCGCAUCGGACACUUCAUCUGAUGCAGGUUUGGGUAUGGACUCUCCUAGCCCUGUGGAUGUAUUUGAUGCAGAGCAGAAGUUUGAGAGGGCUAUUCUGAAUGCAACCAGAGUGAUCAAUGAAAAGAUGCCUAUUCGCAGGAUAAACUCACUACCGCUGCAGUUGUUGGGUCAUAGUCCCAAUCUGAAGAGUAAAGAUACUGAUCUACCACGUUAUGGAAUCUUCAGUCAGAGUCCCAGCUUGGACAACAAGGAAAACAUGCAUGAGACAAGCUUUGAGUUCAAGAAGCCCACUCAGCCUGUAUCUCGCUGUCGCAUGCGUUUGAGUGGAGAAGUGAAGGAAGCUUUCACCUGCCGUCCCAGCUCAGCUCCUGCUCUAAUGCUUUCCCCACCGUCAUCCAAUCAGCUUGCUUCACCAGACACUGGCAGCCCCUUUGUCCUGCGACGUGCAUCACUCUCCAGCUUUCAUGCUGAUGAUGACGAUGAUGGCUUCUUGGAUGUACUUGAUGAUGUAGAGACGGAUUCUGAGGUUCCUAUGGGAAUGGCCAGUCUCCUCACAGCUCCUCUGGUGGCUGAUCAAAGUGUGGACACUGCGAGCUCGCCUGUUCGGUGUCGACCGCGAGGACUCUUCCGCUCGCCCUCCAUGCCAUCUGGCGGCCGGGCUGCAGUCAAGAGGCAUGAUAGGCCCCGGGAUGAGAACACCCCUGUCCGUGUGAAGAGGAGGCGCAGUGUGGCUGGGUCCCACGUCACAACCAUGGAGCAAGAGGAUGCUGCUCUGCAACAGGUGCAGCGCUCAAAAUCUUUUAAUCACUCAGAAAUCGAGAGACUGUUGGACACUGACCCCAAUAAUGUAAUAGGAGAUUUUACCAAGCCCCCAGCUCUGCCCACGGUUGAUGGCAAACAUCAAGACUUGAAAUACAUCACUUCAGAAAUUAUGGUCACAGCAAUGAACGGUCAGUUCAGUGACCUGGUGGACAGACUGUUCGUCAUAGACUGUCGUUAUCCGUACGAGUACGAGGGCGGCCACAUCAGGGGGGCGCUAAAUCUGCAUCAAGAGGAGCAGGUUGAAGAGUACUUCUUUAGGCAGCCUGUUCUCCCUGAAUGCCCCGACAAGCGUGUGCUGCUGGUGUUCCACUGCGAAUUUUCCUCUGAGCGCGGACCACGAAUGUGUCGCUUUGUUCGUGAGAAGGAUCGGUUUCUUAAUGAGUAUCCCAACCUUCACUACCCUGAACUUUACGUACUAAAAGGAGGCUACAAGGAAUUCUUUCCCCUACAUAAGUCGGUGUGUGAGCCCCAGGAAUACAGGCCGAUGCAUCAUGAGGACUUUAAGGAGGACCUGAGAAAAUUUCGCCUAAAGAGCCGCACAUGGGCAGGAGAGCGCAGCAAGAGAGACAUGUACAGCCGCCUUAAAAAGCUGUGAUGCAUGCACAUGUCCUCAGGUUCACUGUUUCAACUUUCUCCUUCCACUGUCCUGACAUCACCAACCUGAUGAGUGAUUGUGGACGUUGAUCAGUUGGGUCACCUCCCCAUUUUCUAUUUUAGAUGAUCUAUUAGACCUGAUGACCUGUUUUAAUGCAGCGCAGCAUUAUGGUUGAGCCCCUUCAGUUCCCUGCAGUAUGACGGCACACUGUUGCUGCUUCCCAACCACACACACUUCCUACUCUCCAAAAAGGUUAUGCCUCCCCAGUUAUUACAACUCCCCAAGUCGUGUUGUGGUUACAGGCCUUAAAGCACUUUCCCUGUUUUGUUUUUUUUUGUAAGGAGUAUCCCUUCUUUCCCAUUCCGGUUGCCAUUCCCAGCCCUGCUGUUUUGGGUCUGAGCCAAGUGCUUUUUGCAGUGAAGAUGAUGGAGGAGUAUUAUUAUUAUUAUUAUUAUUAUUAUUAUUAUUAUUACUAAUAUUA